AGUAGUUUUUGAAUAUAUAAACUUUAUCUAUUAGUUCUACUUCAAUCUUUAUAUAAAUUGAAUUGAAAAUAACUUUGGUCAAACAUCGUAAUCCGAAUCUAGAACAAUAUUAUGGGACAGAGGGAGUAUUAUUUAUGUUUGUUUGUAGUGCUAAUAUUUUAGGGAGUACUGUUUAUUCAAUUCUUCCAACCAACGACGCCUCUUGUUUUUCUGAUGCAUUUCAUGCACCAUUCAUACUUGAUCUGUUCUAGGUUACAUCACAGUUUAUCUUCCUUCAGAUUUUCCUCUCUUUUUGUGUUUUUCCUUUUGUUUGAUGAAAACAGAGGAUGCCAUGCUUUUUCAGAGUAUACUGCAAGCUGAUCCCUCUCUGAAGCGUCCCUCCGAGGACAUCAAACUUAUAGAGUCUUUUGCCUCAAUAAAAUCACCACUUCAGGUUCUUAACAGUGGGAAAAAAUCCAAAAAGAAGAGGGUGCACUCUCCGUCAGAGGAGGCCAGUACAUGGGAUCUUCCAUGUGUUCAAUGUGGCACUGAGAUUCGAGGGUUCCAGUGUAACCGAAGCACAGUUCAUUUACAGUGCCAAGCGUGUGGUGGGAUGAUGCCUCUAAGAACAAAUAUUGGUGUACCACAAAACUGUGUGGGAUGUGAUCGAGCAUUUUGUGCUGCCUACUGGCAUGCUCUGGGAGUUACUGAAAGUGACUUGCACCCUGUUUGCAGUCCUGAAACAUUCAAACCUAUACAAGAACGCACAAUUACUAGAAUCCCAUCUUUGACACAUGAGAGUAACCGGCAUGAGCAGGAGAUCACAGAAAGAUGUAUUGCAAAGAUGGGUAAGACCUUGCAAGAUGUGGUCUGCGACUGGAUUGUGAAGUUCGAUAAUGGGCAAAUAGAUCGAACAAGAAUGGCGCUGAACCAUGCUCAGACAAUAACUUCUCGUACAUGUUGUUGUAGUGAGUGCUACGAGAAAGUGGUUGCAUUUCUCUUGUACUGGUUUAGGGUCAAGUUGCUUAAGCAUUGUAUGACGCAGGAAGACUCACAGAGGGAAGACUGCUGGUACGGGUAUGCGUGUCGGACACAACACCAUAACGAAGAACAUGCUCGCAAGAGAAACCACGUCUGUCUUCCAACAAGGGGCAGAUCCAUGUCCUAGGGGUAUAUUCUUGUUCAUGCCAAAUUGUUGGACAACGGAUAAUACUAUACAACCGGGUGUUUUCCAUAGAGGUAGCUCCCUCCAUCCCCCAGUAUUUUUUUCAGUAUUCCUAUUAGGGAUGUCCUAUUUGCCUACUUUCCUAUUAAGGCCAGAAAAACAAUAUGAAAUGUCCAUUUUACCCUUGUCAUUUAUACUUGAUUGGCUUCUCUCAUCUAAGCCAGUCCGUACUCUAGCUAGUUUUUUUUUUUUUUACUUUGAAAUUGGCGUGACCUGGGUGGUGGCUGGACAGCAUGUAGAUGGCGGAGAACGUCGGGAUGACGAUGGAUUUGGUGCUGAGCUUAUUUUUCUCCAUCCACUCCAACCAUAUCAUCUAUAUUCACUAUCAACCACCAAUAAAACCUCAAUUUUUUUAACACUAUGUUUGGUUCAAGGAAUUUGAAAGGGAAAAGAAAAGAAAACGAAGUGGAAAACCAUUUUUCUUGUUUGGUUAGAGGGGAAAAGAAAGGAAAAGUGGACGGAAAAGAAAAUGAGGAGGCAAAAUGUACCAAGUGGAGGGAAAAUCAAAUUCCUUCCAUUUU